AUGUCGUUGGAAAAGUUCUGGAUUUUGAUGUGGAAAAAUUGCAUAAUCCAAAGGCGCCGCUAUAUUCUAGGAAUCCUUGAAGCAAUUUCUCCAGUCCUUAUUGUCAUUAUCAUAACAUUGAUUAUCGGAUCGAAUCAAUCAAAUUCUCGACCAAGUUACGAUGAUGAAUGGCAACCAAGCUACAACCACACUGCAUCGAUAGCCGACUUUACCGUUAUUUCUUACUCGCCAAAUAGUCCAUGGAUUGAAGAAUUCUUAACGAACACUUUUAAUAUAACGAAUGCAACAUUCCAAUCAUUUGACAGUGCACAGGCUCUAAAAGAAUUUUUGUACAGCGAGCUGUUGACGAAUAUACUUGGAAUGGAGUUUGACGAUUCAUUGAAAGGUUCAAAGAAUCCACCGAAUCUGCUUAGCUAUACCCUAAGAUUUUCCAGCGCCAUUGAAAGUACUAUUCAGUCAACUUGUGAAACAGCUGUACCAGAAAUUGAAAUGAUAUCAAUUCGAACACUUGAGGACGAUAAACUGAGUUUUCUGCUACAAUAUUUACCGGCGGCUUUCAUCAUAACAAAUUUAUUCACUGCUGCGAAAACUAUUACGAAUGUAGCCGUGGAACGUGAGAGUCGACUGAAGGAAACUAUGCGAAUCAUGGGGUUAUCAAAUGCAGUGUAUUGGACAGCAUGGCUAACGAGUUCGUUGUUAAUACCAAUUGGUUCCUACACAUUGGUCACAGUAUUCUUGUGCUUCAUGUUUUACAGUCUGUUCGACACAGAGUUCAAAUCGUCAAACUACGUCGUUAAGCUAUUGCACUGUUUGCCAGUCAAUACUGGGCUGUGUCACGGAAUUUCGAUAAUUCUUCAAUCCGAAGCAAAUGGACCAGGACUUCAGAUGAUAAACUUUGCUUCACAUGACAACGUACUCGAAUUCUCAAUCGCUGAUGUUCUAUUUUCGUUUGUGAUUGCAUCAAUCAUUCACAUGCUCUUGACAGUGUACAUAGAUCAAGUUUUUACGGGAAACAUUGGCAUUCCGAAGCCGUGGUACUUUCCAAUUGCGUUUGUACUGCAACAUUGCAAAAGAAAUCCUUUGGUCAGUGAAGAUAACAUUGAUGUUAAGGACAACGAAAAAUUGGAUAGCAAAGAUUACGAAGCGGAUCCACAACAUUCGCCUGUGGGAAUAAGGAUUGCACAUCUAACGAAAAAGUUUGGCUCAGUAACGGUCGUAAAUCAAUUUUCGUUGAACAUGUUUCAAGAUCAAAUAACAGUUUUGUUGGGUCACAAUGGCUGCGGGAAAACUACAACGUUGAGUAUGCUGACUGGUCUUUUGGCCCCGACAUCCGGUACAGCAAUUUUGAACAACCACGACAUUCGAACGGAAACGUCCAAGGCUAGAAGUUCUGUUGGCUGGUGUCCACAGCACGACAUUCUAAUAGAAGAGUUGACCGUACGCGAAAACUUGAUUUUCUUCUGUCGACUCAAGGGCAUACACAGCAAAAAGUCAACAAGCGAUGAAAUCGCCAAAUUUGCGGAUAUGUUAGAUUUCACCGACAGACUCAAUUCACUUAGCAAGAAUCUAUCGGGCGGCCAGAAACGAAAAUUAUCAAUUAGCAUUGCGUUAUCUGGAGGAUCGAAAGUCGUUAUGUUGGAUGAGCCCACAGCCGGCCUGGAUGCGGGCGCACGUCGUAUGCUGUGGAAUUUUUUGAUUGAAGAGAAGAAGGGAAGAACUAUUCUACUCACUACGCAUUACAUGGAUGAGGCUGACAUUUUGGGCGACAGAAUAGCUAUAAUGAACCACGGGGAACUGCAAACUGUUGGCUCGCCAUUCUUUCUUAAGAAAAGAUUCGGUUCAGGGUACAAGAUAAUUUGCGUAAAGGAUCGGGGUUGUCAUGCGACUGACAUUUUGAACAUUCUACGAAAAUUUGUACCUGAUGCGUAUCUUGAAUCCGACGAUAGAACGGAAAUUGUUUUUGCUUUAAGCGAAAAACAUGUGUUGGAGUAUCCAAAAAUGUUUAAGGAAAUCGAGAAGCUUUCAGCAAGUUUAAAGAUUGCAAGCUUUGGUCUGUCAGUCACCUCAUUGGAAGAAGUCUUUUUAAAAGUUGGAUCAGACAAAUCCGAAAGUCAUCUACAUAAAGUAUUCAAUGACUUUAUUCCAACUAGAAAAGUGAGCGGAUUCACCCUUGUGCUCUAUCAGAUUUAUGCGAUGAUCUUAAAACAAUUCCAUUACACAAGACGCAACUUUUAUCCCAUUGGACUGUGGCUACUAAUAACUGUGGCUUUUGUUGUCGCCUUUUUUGCUGCAGGAAAUAAACUAGUUAAAGAUGGUGGUCAUCCUGACGACAGAUUACACCCCGAUAUAAAAGUCAUUGUUUCUCACGACGGUUCGUAUCCACGUUUAUUUGAGAACUGCGUAAAAUUGUUUGGAGAACAGGGCGUCGUUGAUCAAGUGGAUAGUAUAGAGAAUCAUCUCUUUCAUGAACAAGAAACUGCUGAUCGAAAUGUUUUACGGCUAAGGCUAUCACUAGAAACUGGCAAAAUCACAGCUUGGUUUUCAAAUGAUUCAAACCAUGAAAUUUUCAUAUUACACACCAUUCAUCGAGCACUGCUAAAAUCGGUUGCAGGAAACCAGUACGACAUCAAAAAUGUACCGUUUUCGCGUCCAGAUACAAUUAGACCAAAUCCCAAGAAAGAUUACUCGAACGAAAUGUUGUUGAUGUUUGGCAUGCUCUACUUGUUCUCCUGCUACUGGCCAACAGUUUUCAUUGCGAUCAAAGUGAAGGAAUGUGCGACGAGGACAAAACUUCUUCAAUUCAUUAGUGGCGGCAAUCGAUUUGUCUAUUGGUUAACAUCGUUGGUUAUCGAUUGCCUCUUUCUAUGCGUCGUAAUGUACUUAAUAAUCGGUACCUUUGCGCUAAAGCAACGAUCGUAUUUCAAACCCACUGAAGAGCUUGUAAUAUUUAUGUUCAAUGGAUUUUCGGCGAUUACCUUCAUUUACAUGACAACAUUUCUGUUUGCCAAACCUGUGGUAGCCAUGUUGGUCAUUUUGUCCAUCAGUGCAAUUUUCUGUACAAUCGUAUAUCUCAUUUACUUGACGUUCUAUUCAUUCAUCGAUUCAACGAAAAUGGUGGCUAGAGCCGUUUAUUGGAUAUUCCUGAAUCUUGCUCCAUUUUCUUUACUGGAUUGCAUCAUAAAACGUUCGUAUCCAAUGAUGUUAACACAUAAAUGGACAACCGAAGAGGAUGCUCACAAUUCAUAUGAAUUGUUUCAUUUUGGUGAAACUGGAAUCGGUGCGAACGUUAUCGUGAUGAUAGUUUCCGGAGCAUUGUUUUUAUCCAUCUGUCUUCUGCUGGACCAUUUAGUAUUUCAAAAGUUAAUAAACCUGAUCAAAUCUAAUCGAAAGACAUGUGUAACGAACACUACCGUUGACAACGACGUUGAAGAUGAAAUCCAGAAAGUCAAACGAAUGUCCUAUUCCGAGUUCAUAAAAUCCAGUUUGGUGCUGGAUGGUCUAUCAAAGUGGUAUGGUAGGUACUUGGCCGUCAAUCAGCUCUAUCUCAGUGUGAACAAGGCAGAGUGUUUUGGUCUACUCGGUGUUAAUGGAGCUGGAAAAACUUCAACGUUCAAAAUGUUGACUGGUGACGAGGGCAUAUCGAUGGGAGACAUUUUGAUUCACGGUAAAAGCGUGAAAAGCAACAUUACAGCUGCGCAGAAAUCGGUUGGCUACUGUCCUCAAUCCGAUGCGCUCAUGUUAGAUAUUUCUGGUCGCGAAAAUUUAAAAAUAUUUUCGCUGAUUCGGGGAAUUCCUUGGAAUGAGAUCAACGACAUAAUCGAAAACAUUUCCAAGGAAUUUGGAUUCUAUGUGCAUCUGGAUAAGAAAGUUCAAAACUACAGUGGCGGGAACAAAAGGAAAAUAAGUGCAGCACUGUCGCUACUUGGUGAUCCAUCUCUUAUACUCCUUGACGAGCCCACAACAGGAAUCGACCCAUAUUCAAAGCGUCAGCUGUGGUCAGCAAUCAUCAACGCAAGAGAUUCUGGUAAAUCAGUAAUUUUGACGUCUCACUCGAUGGAGGAAUGUGAGGCUUUGUGUACACGAAUUGCAAUUAUGGCCGCUGGAGAGUUCAAAUGUAUGGGUUCAGUGCAACAUCUAAAAAACAAAUUCUGCAAAGGAUUCAAUCUGACCAUUAAGUUGAAACGGGACGAUGAAUCGGAGUUGCAACAAAUUAACAGUCGCAUUGUAAAUUUGUUCCCUUCGGCCCAAUUGAUGGAAAAAUAUCUCGAUCUGAUCACAUUCCGAAUAUUGACCGAAAGAUUGGAUUGGGGUGUGGCGUUCGGAACAAUGACGCAGUUAAAGUCAGAGAAAAUCAUUGACGACUUUACUCUUAAUCAAAUGUCGUUGGAAGAAGUUUUUCUUCAUUUCGCAAACAAUGAAAAUGGGAAUAAUGUUUGA